AUGAAUCAUGUAGUCCUACCCGGCUGUUCGGUUCCCGAAGAAGAUCUUUUCCGCAAGAACUCGACAUUGGAGAAGUUCUUCCGCGAGUUCAACGAGUCCGACUUCGAAGCGAUUCUGUCAUUCUCAACCGUACAAAUUCCAGACUGACCGGUCCGUUCGCCGUGAAAUCCAUCGUGUUCGUCUCCGCCUCCUACUUUCUUAUCAACACCUUCCACCUCAUUAUUCUGACGAGACCCACGAUGAAAAGUCUGAGCGUUUCGAAGGAAAUGAUAUUGAUCGCAGUCUCUGGAAUCGUUUCCGGAUCAUUGGGAGUAGUGAAGAACAUGGUCGAGAUGUUCCGAUUCGAGAUUUUGUGGUAGGAGCUGAUAAUGAUGUACUUAAUUCAUGAAAACGAACGAACAUUUCAGCGCCAAUUCGUUCUCGUAUGUUUUGGUAACGGUGAGUUUCUGUCUCUUCACUGAGAAGAUGAUUAUAGCUUUAAGAAAAUGAAGUGUGAUUUCAGUUUCAGCUCGGACACUUUCUGGUAUUUCAAGUUUUCAACCAAGUCAUUCUAUGGGAAAUCGUCUACAUCACGUUUCUGAGAGCAACCAUCAUUCUGGACGUCCGACACGGAAUGUACGCAUCCGAAGCCAUUCAGCCAGCAUACAGCUUCGAUUUCAGAAAAACGGAACGAGUGAGACGGAACAUGAAACGAUUCAUCUACACAGUUUUCAUCGUCUUCCUCCUGAAUCACAUUGUUCGGAUAUCAUUCCAUCGUAUUGAGCACGGCUAUGACGAGUUGGCGAUGGAGGAGUUGGCUGCAAGACAGUGGGAUUUCCGGACAAGACUACGCUUCUCAUGAAGUGCUUUCAGGUGCAAACUUGAUAAAAUCUACACGAUAAAUUCAUUCGCCGGAAACUGUCUCCGCAGAAUCUUGCUCUCUAUCGCUGGAAUCACGAGCCUAGUAUGCUUCUAGGAGUAUUCUCCCAGUUUGUACCUUUGUUUUCAGAUUAUUCCAAUUUUCAUCAUGUGCGCCCUCUCUGUUUUCUUAGUCUUCGAACUUCGAUCGUCUGCUACGUCCUCAUCGGCGGCUUCUAACCACAAUUCCACUCAAUCCGAUAACCGGAAAAGCAACGCAGCCUCGGCUCUUCUGCUCUUUCUGUGCUUUUACGUGCUCGCAGAACUGCCCUACGUGGUACUCUUCAGUGUAGGACUGUACAAUCCGGCUGAUUUUGAGUGAGUAAAAGUGUGUGAGACGUCUUUUUUCAAUGAAAAUGCUUUGAGGCAACUAGACGAAUACAUUUACAUUCAAGUGGACAUGUUUAUUUAUGUGAACAUGUCCUUGGGCAUACUGGUGUACUGUCUGAUGUCUUCGCAGUACAGGGACACAGUUUUGAUCACGUUUUGGCGGAAGAACAAGGCAGUCGUGGGAGAUCAGGUGAGAGAAUUUUGUGGUAUUCGGAUGAUAUUCGGGUUCAGAGUUCUCGAACGACGACUUGAGAAGAGAUACGAAUUCAAUGUAUUCUUUUAGUGAAUAAAUAAAGCUGAUGUCAAGCGCCAUUCAUUCUUCAAUCUCCCUCUCUAACUUUUAUAAUUGUAUGAGACUCAACUCAAUUUCAGUCGCACUUUUGUCCGUGUUCAUUCAUUUCACCCAAUUUGUGCCAUACGUCACACACGCACGCACCACAACGGGCUGAUUCUGAACGAGUAGGAGGGGAAAAGUAAGCGGCGUCUCCCUCUCGCGCUCUCGCUCCUUCUCGGGUUGCUAUGAUACUCUCGGCCGCCGACUUCUGUUAUCGGCCGACCCUUUCGGGCCGAAGGAGAAGCUGUCUACACUCGCACCGGCGGCGUCGCUUCGUCUCUCUGUUUCCAUCCACGGUAUCGUUUCUUUUAUUCACAAACAAACAAGAUCUAGCGUGCACCGGCUCUUGAUGAAGUCCGAAAUAGUUUGUGAGUGGAUUGAGACUAUUCCCAAGCCGGGCGCCGCUCAUUACGACUAUCACACGCCUCAAAGUCACCACUUUUCCGGCUAUGCGCGUGAAUCAGCAUUGAACUUUAUCUCGUAGCUAUUCGUUAGAGUGCACUACACUUUCAAAGUAGAAAUUCUAAUCAUUUCUCAUCUUUGUCGGCUCCUUCGGCUUCUCCUCCUCAGUCAGCCUCCAUUCUUCUCGUUCAUCGGAACAUGUUCCAUAACUGCUCACCACGUGACUCUUUCUCUUUUCGCCCAACUCUCAGACAUAAUUACGGUGGCGCUUUUCUUUCGGCCAGAACACACGUUGACAUCAGCGAAAAUGGAAAUAUGGAAGCAAGAGAGAGGGAGUGAGAGAGAUGUCACUUGCACCUAAUUAAAUAUAGACUGAAAGCAUUGAUGCGCACUUUUUCGCCCCUUCCACACACACACACACACAUCAGACAACGUGCUCUCGAAAAAGAAAAGAAAAGGAAAGAGAGUUUGGUGAUCUGUUUAGAGUGUUUAGGGGGGCAACCCUUCAAUUAGGCUCUUGAUAUUUCACUCGCUCGCUUCUUCUUUCUAUUCUAUUCCGUUCUCAAAGUACACAUUUUUGUGUCUCUCGAUUACACCCAACUCCACUCUCUUGUUAUUCUGAUAAAGGCAGGGUUAGAAAUCAGCUGUUUCCAUUUUUGACGACGGCGUGAACCCACAACUGCUCGCUCCACAAAUGAGUCACUUUUCAUGAAGAAGAAGCUCUCCGCUGCUCAGAUUCGUGUCUAGUCUCCCUGUGAUCUCGCCGUCUGAGAUCAAUCUCACUCCCUUCCAGAACGUUCUGAUUGUUUCCAAAAUCUGAACGACUAUCUACCACCUCGCGGGGUAAAGAAGUGUGGCAAAGUUCACAGAACAAAUGCCACUCGGGAUUUGCCUGUGGACAGGUGAAACUGCGGAAAUUGAAUGCGCGAGAUAUUUCCCGCCGCCCGCUCUCGUUUUUAGGUUUUUGGAUUUUCGCCUUCCUCUUCCAUUUCCUUUUCCUUUUCCUUUUCCUUUUUCUUCUCACAUCCCCCCUAUCCGAAGGAGUUCCCUGAAAUAUCGCUCGUCGUCUAGGCGACUAAGGACACAUCCGUGGGUAAUCGAAGCGGCUCCAAAAUGAGUUAGUUGGAAGCGUCGCGGCGCUCGUGAGAAACUCGAGAGAGAGAGAGAGAGAGAGAGAGAGAGAGAGAGAGAGAGAGAGAGAGAGAGUUCUCGACGGUGACAUUUCCCGCGGCUAUGUUUUGUUGAGUCGGGAGCCAACCCUUUUUCCGAGCAGGAAUGUCACAUUGGCUCCGCCGUGACACAAUGGAACUCCCAAAAGGGCGAGAUCAGCGUCAAAAAGUGUGGUAAUCUAUUGAAUUGCACCUGGUUAUUAAGCGAGUAAAAGUUUAAUAUAUUCAGUCGUUUCGCGUUUGCUUUUUCGGCUCUCUCUCUCUCUCUCUCUCUCUCUCUUUCUCUCUCCGAUCUUCUUCCGCUCCGCCCCCCUCAUUAGUGCAUUCGAAUCAGAACUACCUCUCUCUCUUCCACAUGACUCUUUCACAGCGAAAAAGAGUGUGAAUGUCCUUUUGGUGGGCACAGAAGCUCUGAUUGUUUAUCAGCAUCCUUCUUCUUCUUCUUCUUCUUCUUCUUCUUCUUCUUCUUCUUCUCGAAAGUGGAAUCAGCCGGAAGUGGGCGUGUCUCUCCAUUAGUUGCAGUUCAACGUCACACGCGGCGGCCUUAACUCACUUUUAACGUUCUCCCCCAGAAAGUCAGCAAGCAAUCGGAUACAUUCCCUGAGAAAACAAUACGUUGUUAUUCUGCUCAACUACUUUGUACCUACAAUACCACUCGGCUUCUUAUUAUCACCAUUCAGUCAUUUCGUAUCUCUCUCUCUCUCUCUCUCUCUCUCUUUCUUCCUUUCCUUCUUCUUCUUCUCGACCACUAAUUAGUCCAUUUUCCCGGCGUAUCACGUGAAACCUCCUCAAAGAGCUCGGAAAACAAAGAAGAAGUGGAAGAUCAAAUUUCUGAGCGCCCGAUUCCAAUAAUGCGCGCCGCUCUCUUCAGAAUUCCAAUAUAAAUCGCGUAGAAGAAUUCGCCUUCUUGACUCAUUCAUUUCAUCAAACAUUGCCCCUCCUUUCUCUCCUUCUCCAUCUCAUCUCAUUCUCAUUCUCAUUCUCAUUUUGCAAAAGCAACAAAGAAAAAGUUGAGAGUAACGGUGGCGUUCACUCAAAUAUUCUUUUCAAAUUUCUCGCUCCGGUCCCGUGGGAUCUACGUGCUCGUGCGACUGCGCAUAAUCUCUCAAAGGCAUUCUAUGCAAUCGCCUUCGCAAUGAGAGAUAUUCAUUUCGCUGAUUACGUACUACCUUCCCUUUCCCCUUUCAAUGUGUUUUGCUUCCAAAAAUCAGAUUCGGAGACCGGAACUUGAAGAGGUUUCCCACGUUAUUCACCAAUUUGCUCUUUCCUUCUUUCAAAAACCUUUUUCACACUUUCAACAAGUCUGUGAGAGAAAGAGAAACUUUGCCAUUCUUCCUUUUCUCAUUCCUUUCUCUUUUCCGUCGACUCACUCACUCCUCCUUUUUGCAGAACAGAAUGGGACUGUGCCAGAGCGAGGAAGAGAAGCUCGGAUCGCAGAAGAGUCGCGCCAUCGACAAGGAGAUCCGUCAGACGCAAUCGACCGACGAACGCACUGUCAAACUCUUGUUGCUCGGUGAGUGGUUUGCGCGAGUCGGUAGUAGGCGUGGCGGUGUGCGGAAAUGCAAUCAGCUCUUGUGAAUUCGGUUAAAAGAACCGACGGUCAGGGCAUCGGCCAAAACAACUUCUCAUUCGGUUGGUAGUGUGGGGGCGAGGAGGGUGCGCACCGAGUUCUCAGAGUACUUGUGUCGAUCUGAUGCACACCCUAUUCCGUCGGAUCCAGACGUCAGAGAGGCGAGCUCUUUGUCGUCGCCGAAAUUAAAUCAGAUGACGUGGAAGCAGAGCAGAGUCUUUUGCACUUUGUUUGUUUGUUUGUUCGAAACUCUGCCACCCACCAGAAAGUGCAAAAUCUCGGUUUAAUUAAUGCGACAAAGCAUGCGUACUAUGGCCCCCUAAUUGCGCAUAAUGUUUACUCCGGAUUCCAUCGAAAAUGUUUACCAAAUGUGAUGAAAGCCUUCUUUUCCAGGCGCCGGAGAAUGCGGCAAAUCGACAGUCUUGAAGCAGAUGCGAUUAUUGAGUGAGAAGAAUUUCACGCCAGACGAACUGGAUGCACAGGCGAAGGUACUCGAGAAGAAGGAAUGAUAGGCAGAAAAAUAACUGUACCUUUUCAGUUGGUGUUCACAAAUAUUGUUGUUGAAAUGGAUCAUUUGAUCAAAGCAAUGCCCAGCGCUGGCCUAGACUUCUCAAGUCCCUUGAGAGAAGUGAGCGUGCGAAAUGGGAACGGGUUCAUUCUGUUACUUUCAGCACGACUGCCGUAGCCUCACUCUCUAUAUCAAAGAUAUGCACAACAAAGUCUUCCGAAUUGAUGCCGCGGAGCCUGUCCAGGUUAUCGAGAGCCCAAGUAGACCCUCAGCCAAUAAAGACACGUUUCAGAACCUUUGGAAAGACCCGAAGGUCAAGAAGUUAUACGCCGAACGCCGUCUUCACAACAUCCGGGACAUCGGAGACAAUACUGAAUAGUUAGUUGAAGAGCAAUUCAGGGAUGAACAAUAACACACCUUCCUUCAGCUUCUUCGACAAUAUCGAGCGAAUAUCGAAGGAAGAUUACGUGCCAAGUGCAAUGGACACUCUGCUGCUGAGAACGAAAACCACUGGAAUUGUGGAAGUUCAGUUCGAGAUCAAAAAAGUAAAAUUCAGGUGAGCGAAUCAAAUAAAUUAUCGGGGGCAUAAUUGCAUAAGUUUAGAGUAUUUGACGUUGGCGGUCAACGAUCGGAACGAAAGAAAUGGAUUCACUGCUUCGAAGACGUCAACGCUAUCAUCUUCAUCGCUGCUCUUUCCGAGUACAACGAAGUGCUUUUCGAAGAUGAAACCACGGUAGAUCUUUACAAUUAUAGUUUCAUUUUACCAUCGUUGAGUUCAGAAUCGCAUGGUCGAGUCGAUGCGUCUCUUCGAGUCGAUUUGCAACUCCCGAUGGUUCCACAACACUAAUAUCAUACUUUUCCUUAACAAAAAGGAUUUGUUCGAAGAGAAAAUCAAGCACGAGAACAUUCAAAAAGCUUUUCCAGAGUACAGAGGUAACUUGCAAGACGGUGAAGACGAAGGCUAACGAAUUGCAAUUUCAGGCGAGCAAACGUACACAGAAGCCGUUCAGUACAUCAAAAACAAGUUCGAAAUGCUGUCAAACAACCCGAAAAAGACGAUUUACGUGCACGAGACGUGUGCGACCGACACGAACCAAGUGCAGAAGAUCCUGGACUCGGUGAUCUCGAUGAUCAUCCAGAACAACCUGCACAAGUCCGGCCUCUACUGA